ACUUCUCCAUCGAGAUUCUGAACUGUGUUUCGAAGCUUAAAUUCUCGAAGCUUAUUCUUGUUUGAGCUUCUCGAAUUGCUUCGUUUAUCCGUAAUUUCUUUGGAGUUUAUAUAUAUAUAUAUAUACAACAACGAAAGAUAUAUCUUUCGUUGUUGAAUUAUAUCUUGUUCACUAUCUAUAAUCGUUUUAGACCGUUGCAAGCUCCCGGGAAAGGGUGGCGACGACGACAGAGAGAUUAUGCGGUUGGCGAGGGAAGAAGAUACAAGGGUUUCACAAUUUUGGUAAUAAGCGAGUAAGGACAAAUUACGUAUACUGAAUAGUAACUUGUUAAACGUUUAAAUUAAUUAAAUUUGAGGGUUUUACUAAUAAAGCAAAAAGAGUUGGAGCUAAACAGCAGUAUUUCCAAUGUUUUGGGGGUUUUUUCGCUAAUGAUCAUAUUUAAAAGUACUUUCAAAUUUAUUUUUAUUUAUUUUUUACUCUACACUUGCCUUUCUCGUCUGUCAACCCAAAACCCCCAAAUCUAAAACCCUAAUACACUCCGUCGGAGAACCACCGAACAACAAUGGCGUUCCGCAGCAAGCUCCGAUUACUGACGCUCCAACGCAACCGCCCAUUUUCCUCUUCAAUUCUGAGCCCGGAAUCCAAAACCGCACUCAGCAGCAAAGAGAAAUCACGCGCCGCGCUCUCCCUCCUCCGGUUCGAAAAGGAACCGGAACGAAUCGUCGAUAUCUGCCGAGCCGCCUCCUUCACUCCCGACUCGCAUCUGGACCGUGCCGCCUACUCCGUAGCCAUUUCCAAGCUCCAGAAAUCGAAUGACUACGAAAGCAUUCGUAGCAUCAUCAGAGACUCAUUAUCCCGGCCGGAUUUCAGGUCCGAGCGCUCCGUUUCGCAUUUGAUCGUUCUCUACGGCCAGGCCGGUCUAGUCGAGGACGCCAUCAACCUGUUCGACGAAAUGCCUGACUUGGGUAUUCAGGCCAGCGUGAAAGCCUUGAACUCGCUGCUGUUCUCCUGCGCUAUAGCUGGGGAAUACGGCGAAAUGAAGAGGGUUUUUUCGGAAUUUCCGAGAAAGUACGGUUUGGAGCCGAAUCUGGACACUUACAACACUUUAUUGAAGGGCUUGUGUGAAUCGGGCAGCGCGAAUUCGGCCCACUCUAUACUGGCUGAGAUGGAGAGCAAAGGUAUAAAGCCUGAUGCAAAGACGUUUUCUGUUGCGAUUGCAGGUUUCUACAAGGAGGAGAAAUUUGAUGAUGUUGAAAAAAUGAUUGUUUUGAUGAAGAAAUAUGGAGUGCAAAAGGGGAUCGGUGUUUAUAAUGUCAUGAUACAGAGCUUGUGUAAGCUGAAAAGGUCAAAUGAGGCGAAGGCGUUGUUGGAUGAGAUUCUGUCGAGAAAUAUGAAACCAAACUGUGUAUCGUAUGCCCAUUUGAUUACUGGGUUCUGCAAAGAAGGAAAAUUGGAUGUGGCUAAGGUUUUGUUCGAGGAGAUGGUUCGUAGGGAGUUGAAGCCAGAUGCAGAUUGUUAUUUUACGAUGGUUCAUUAUUUAUGUAAAGGACAUGAUUUCGAGGUUGCCUUGGGUAUAUGUAAGCAAUGUAUGUCGAAGGGUUGGAUUCCGAAUAUAACGACAAUGAAGUCUCUUGUGAAUGGACUGGUUAGUGUUGAGAAAGUUGACGAGGCGAAGGAAAUUAUCGCAGUGAUGAAGGAGAAGUUCUCUAGAAAUGCCGAUAAAUGGAUCGAGAUUGAGGAAGGAUUGCCUAAGUAGUUGUGUACUCGACAUGGUAUUACUGGUUUAUCUUUCGUUAUUAUGCCGUAUCAUGUUUGUAAUAAGUGCCUUGUCAGCAAGAUUGGUUUUUUCUUCUCUUUCUGAGAUGCUCAUUUAAAUUGGUUUCGGAAAAUACUGCAGUUUUGUAUGCGUUUGAAGUAAUUCAUAUAGAUCGUGGUUCUAU